AUGCCUCCCAGAAUCCCAAUCCUUCCGACUCGAUCGGCCCUCUCCCUCGUCCGUGCCGCCCCAGUUCACGACACCCUGCACCAGACCACUCGGCAGUUCGGAAAUAUAAGUUUACGUUCGUCAAAAUGCAACACCGCAUCACCUUACAGGUCGUUGAAGGGAGUAUCUUCCUACCGCAUGAACUCUACCUCGUCUGGUAGCAGUGGGAACCAGAAUGGUAGUGAAGCCAGAGAGCAGCCGUUGGGGCCAAACCAGGAUCAAUUACCGCACGUAAGUGAAGAAGCAGCGGCGACUGCUGAGAUUAUGGGCAAGAAGUGUGGUGAAGUUGGUGGACCGGAGUUAGAGCAAGGCACGCCGAUAGCAGAUAUUCUUAAACGGGACAAAGAUGCUCUUAAGAAUAUGCCUAAGGUCCUGCGUGAUGAAGUUGCAGCAAGCCAGAACGGAAACGGCUCCAAGCGAUCAUUUUCUACCUCUGCAAGACUACAUCAGGGCGAGUUGAAGGGUAAUUCGGCAGCGGACCCUUCUGCCGCCACCGUUGCAAACAUGCUUGCGGCUUCAGGUCGGGGAGAAUCCGUGGAUGUAGAAGGAGGCAUCCCAGAAGGCUUCAAGUACGAGCCGCCGACCCUGCCUCUUCCUCCAAACGAGCGAUUUGAUCGCCGGUACGAGCCAUUGGUGGAACAAUUCACCAAGCUAAUAAUGAAGCACGGCAAGCUAUCUCUUGCUCAGAAGCACAUGGCCAAAAUUCUAGAACAUCUACGUACCGCUCCAGCACCACUUGUCGAUCCGACAAAGCCUUUCCUCCCCGGCCCUCCAUCCCCACAACUCCCUCUAAACCCAAUUCUAUACCUUACUCUCGCCGUUGACUCCGUUGCUCCCCUCUUCAGAAUCCGUCAGAUAAGAGGUAUUGCUGGUGGUGGUGCUGCGUUGCCCAUCCCAAGCCCACUUGCUCAACGCCAACGUCGCCGAGAAGCAAUUACCUGGAUCCUUGACGCUGCCGAGAAGAGACGUGACAAUCAGCUUUCACAGCGGAUAGCGAAUGAAAUCAUCGCUAUUGCUGAGGGGAAGAGCGGUGCCUGGCUUAAGCGGGCUGCUAUCCACAAACAGGCUACUGUUUCCCGUGCCAAUAUCCGUCGUGCCUCGCAGCCACGGAAAGGUAGGAUGCAAUAA